AUGGACCUCCCGAUCAUCGACCUCGACGUCUACCUGCGCCACGGCGCCGACUCGGACGCCGCCCGUGCCGAGUGCGCAAAGGCUGCCCGCGCCCUCAUCACCUACGGCGCCCUCAUCCUCCACGACUCGCGCGUCGCCGAGCAGGACAACGUCACCUUCCUCGACCUGCUCGAGGACUACUUUGCCCAGCCCGCCGACGCCCUGCGCGAGGACGAGCGCCCGGACCUUGGCUACCAGGUCGGCGUCACUCUCGAGAACACCGAGAAGCCCAAGUGCGCCGUCGACGAGCCCUGCCUCGACGUCAUCGAGCGCCUCGCCCCCAGCGAGCGACCCCUCGACAUUGGCGGCCACGAGCCGGACCCCAAAUGCCGCUUCUUCUGGAAGAUGAGCGAGGUGCCCCCAUACGAGACGCAGUUCCCCAGCCUGAACGCGCCAAACGUCAUCCCCAGGGCGGAGAAUAUUCGGGACCGCUGGACACCGGUCAUGGAGAAGUGGGGGACGUCGAUGAAGAGCGCUGUGACGGGAGUUGCCGAGAUGGCUGCAGUUGGCAUGGGUCUGCCCGCGACGACUUUCUCAGACGCCGGCAAGUACGGCCCCCAUCUCCUGGCCCCCACGGCGUCGGACCUGCAAAAGUACGGCAAGCAGGACACCAUCCUGGCCGGGUUCCACACGGACCUCAACUUCCUCACCAUCCACGGCCGCUCGCGGUACCCGGGCCUGCACAUCUGGGCGCGCAACACGGGCAAGAAGAUCCCCGUCAAGAUCCCCGAGGGCAACUACCUGCUCGUCCAGGCGGGCAAGCAGAUCGAGCACCUGACGGGAGGGCUCGUCAAGGCCGGGUACCACGAGGUCGUGGUCAACGAGAGGACGCUGGCCGUCAUCGAGAAGCGCAAGGCCGUAUUUCCCGACCGGCCCCUCGUGCGCAUCAGCAGCACCUUCUUCUGGCACCUCAGCAGCGACUUUGACCUCGCGCCCAUCCCGUCGCUCGUCCAGCAGGCCAAGGCUGUCCGCGCCGAGCAGUUCAACCUCGGCAAGGACGAGGGCGAGGAGGUCGACUACGUGGCCAUGAAGGUUGGCCAGCAGGUCCAGAGCGAGCUCAAGCACAUUGCGCUGAUGACGUGA